GCCGUCGCAAGCGGGCUCGCCUUCGGGUUGCGCUUGUUCGAAAGCCGCCUUGUAGGCAGCACUAGCAGCGGCGGCGGUGGUGGUCAAGGCGAAAUGGCGCUUGCGCUGGUCCCAGGCCGGCUCAGCGGCCUGACAACAGCCGGGACGCUCGCAAGCCUGGCGUGUCGGCACGCCGGACUGCUCUGCACCCGCGUUGGCGGCAGUAGCAGUAGCAGUGGCAGCAGCCGUAGCGGUGACGGCGGCUCACACAAUGGCGGCGGUAGCCGUGACAGCAGUAGCAGCAGUGACACCAGUAGCAGUGGCGGCGGCAAUGCGGGUGGUGGGGGUGAGGCGGCCAGCGGUCGUACGUGUGAGCGGCCGGAGGCGGCUCGGCGGGACGUGUCAGUGGACCGACUGACGGCAUUGGAGUCUGAGGUACUUGCGCUGCGCAAGGCCCUGUCCGCGCUGCAGCAGCAGCAGCAGGGGCAGGGGCAGCAGCAGCAGGGGCAGCAGCAGCAGGGGCAGAGACAACAUGGAAAGGGACACCAGGGGCAGGAGCAGCAGGGGGAGCAGGGGGAGCAGGAGCGUCAGGGGCAGCAACAGCGGCAGCAGCAGCAAGAGCAACGGGGUAAGAUGCGGUAUCAGGAGGAGCAUGCACAUGGGGCAAGCGGUGGGGCCGCAGGCGGCAAUGGUGGUGACAGCGAUGAGGGGGCGAUGUCUAAGGCGGCGUCGGCGGCGGCGGCCGGCGAUGGCGCGGGCGCCACGGAGGCGGUGGCGGAGGGCUUGGGGAAGCUGCACCCGCGCAUCACCCGACUGGUGCAAUCAGGCUACCUGGAGUCUAUGCACCACCUGCGUCAGCGGCUCAUGGUGGACGAGUGGGAGGGCGGCGGCCGCCAGCGGGCGGGUCGCAGGGGCGUGGCGGACUUUGAGGCGCAGCUGGCGGCGGGCGAGCACGACGGCGGCGGCGAUGGCGGUGGCGGUGGUGGCGGUGGCGGUGGUGGACAGGGAGGCGGAGGUGGAGGGGAGGAGGGGGCACCGGGCCAGGGGGGCGGCGGCCGGUCGGCACCGCCGCUCUCCUGGGAGCAGCUGACGCAGCUGUACGAGGCCCCUGACCCGGUGAAGGCGCUGGAGGCAGUCAUCCCUGACCCGCGGCUGCGCAUGGCGGCGAGGGCCACCCUGCACCGCGUGCUAGAUGAGAGGCACGAGAAGGUGCACGACGGCGCCACGGCCCUGGCCAAGGAGCUUGCGGACAGCGUGGCGCGCGGCCCGGGCGACCUGCUGGGCGGCCUGGUCAAACUGCUGCCGCUGCCGUCCUUCCUCCAACCCAAGUAGAGCGGGGCUGGUGCCGGUAGGGCCGGUUGGGCCGGUAGGGCCGGCAGGGCCAGUAGGGCCGGCAGGGGGAUGCUCUGGUGAUGGUGCUCGGCUGCUAGUAGAGGGCCAGGGGCAUUGGGGGUCCAUGCAUGGCCGGCAAUCCGGCAUGAUGCCAGCCUGAAUGUCCUGGUGUAUGGCAGGGUGUGGUAGAGUGUCCGGCAAGCUGCGAGCAGGGGAGGUACGAGAACUACCCUACGGCGACAGAGAAGGCAGUAUGGGCACAGCAAGUACAGUACAAGUGGAUGUAAGGGACUGCAGUGCUGAGACGCGGGGGCAGACCGCGCUGCGGCAGGUGACCGGGCAUGGCACGGCACGUGCCAGUGCGGCUGCCUGCAGGACGGGCUCGCCGCGUUCGUACUGCGGGUUGCAUGCGCCUCCGUUUGCAUAGGACAAUUACGGCAACCGGUGUCGGGUUGCGGCUCAUCUGGGGUGGCUGUGUGUUGAGCUGUGCACUCCGUGAGGAGCAAUUGCUGGCGUAGCGCUGCAAGUGCGACGGUGCUCAUGCAUGCCCGUGCCGACUGUAAUUCCAUGAGGCGAGUUCCCGAUUGGCCUUCCACGGUGGCCUCCCGAAACCGGAGGGUCCGUGGGUUAGCCGUGAGCCUGGCGCCUAUGGCGAGUGGUCACGUGGCCCCAUCCCUGCCUGUAACUGUAAGCGAAC